AUGGUACCUGCAUACCCUGGAAAUGCUUUGGUUACUGUGGAAGGGGGCCUGGCUGCUGGUACGAGCAUCGACACACGGGAGUGGAUGGAUUCGAUUGAACUUGGUGGUCCGGAGCUACGAAUUGCAAACGCAGCUAACAAAGCUGGUUUCGACACCUUCAACCACGAAGCACUGUUCGAUCUCAUUUGGGCAGCGAAACAGGCAGCAAUGACUGCACGCACCAACCGAACCGGUCCUGUCUCCAUUCCUCAAGGCCCCCUUUACCCUGAUAGAUAUCGUCCGAAGGGCAGUGCGAACAACUCGAAGAAGAGAAGAAAGCCGAGAACAAAAAAGCCACCACCGAACCAUAAUAUCGAACUGAAGUACCAUCCGAUCGAGCCUUUGAUGCGGAAACGUCCACACCAAAACGGGAAGGAAGAUAUCCUCAUUGACUUGACCAUUUCUUCGGAUGAUUUCAGCCCGGCUGACCUAUCCAGCUUGCCAAAUAGUAUCGUCAAGAGACAGAAGACUUCAGGGGCUGGCGGUGGUACAAAGGAGCCAGGACCCGGCAGCGUCCGUCUGAGUACCAGGCAAAAUCGCAAAGGGUUUCCAAACACGGCUCAAGCUGCCAUAACGUCCGGCUCGAAGCGAAGUGCCUCCCAGCAGACUGCUCUAUCCGCUCGACAGACAACACGCCCGGCACCUCUCACUACGGAAACCGAAAUCACUAAGCAGCUGCUCCUAGUCAAGACCAAGCUGGAUGACGCACGAAAGAGCAUGAAUACUUGCCAGUCCACUAUGAAGGCGUUGUUCGAUGCACAUUACGACAAGUUCGACGACGACCAGAUGAUGAUGAGUCUGCAAAAACUCAGCAAUUUCAUGAACAAGGUGUUUGACGGCAGCAGAGAUGGCGCAGCUGAAAUCGACAGUGCAGUCGUGCUGCUCGGCGAGGGGAAAGAUGGCAGAGCGUGA